CUCUUUGGUUAAGAAAGCAUAUAAAAGCAUUCUGGUUCAUACACUUUUAAAAAGUCUGUAGGUACCCCUGAUUUUCAUUUUGUUUCAUUUGUGCAGGUAUAUUAAAGAGAAAAAAUGUCAUAGCUCAGUAUUUGAAGUUAAUGCCUAACUCUCCAGCCUUAAUGCAUAUGUAUUAGGCUAACCAUAGUUAGAUUGACCAAUAAGAUGCCUGCAGGAAGCCAUUGGUGAUAUUGAUCCCAAACUAGGUCACUUAUAAUAGUAAUGGAGUGAGAGUGUGAGUGGAAACCAUCAAGCUUGAGCUUAGAUCCUCAAGAUGAAGUUACCAAAGAAGAGCAUGGCCCCUUGUUUCAUCUGUGGAGGGACAGAUCACAAUCCCUUAACUGAUGACAGGCACAGAAAGGUGCAAUUAAAGACCAUUAACAAAGUUGCAGUUGUAGAAGUUGAUGGUAAAGUUGUUAGCACCCCAACCAAGUUUACAUAUCAGCAAGACGACUUUGAAAGGAGACCAAAGACAGAUUACACUUAUUCAAGAACAGGGACUUAUACAGUAAAGCAUUUAAACAAAGGCUACAUCAGUCCAAACAUGUCUCGCAGAGGAGUACUGCAGAAAGGAAAACGCAACACAGCUGUAGCUAAUUUGACUGAGCGUUUGACAGAGUUGGAUGAUGACAGAGAGUCAGAACGAAGUAGGGGAGCUUCAAGAAGGUCUCGUGGUAGAUCUCUGACCCCUUUGGUGACAGAGGACAGCAUAAAUGUGAGGUCCCAGCCUAGACGGCAAACCAGGACAUUGGUGACUCGUAGAUCGCAGUAUGAAGAAAGUUAUAUCUCAUCUGGAGGCAGCAGGGCCAUUGAGGAGGAUACCAGAAUCACAAGGUCUUCCACUAGAUCCAGGAAAUCUGCUGCUGCUGCUGCUGACUCUAUGCUUGAACAUGCUUACGGCCUUGACAACAACACAGAUUCAGAAGAAAUAUCAGACACAGAAUCCAGUUAUGCCACAUCAUCACAUUCCAAGAACAGCAAUUAUACAUCAACAACAUCCAUAACCACAACGACAACAAUAGCCAGCGGGGCACGUUCACUAGCCAGUGGUGCCAGGUCCGUUGCAUCAGCAAUUACGUCCAAACUUUCAUCUUCCUCAGCAUCCUCAUUAGAUUCCCUUCAGCAUCAUCGCAACUAUUAUUAUCCACAGCAGAACCAGUCCACAAUAAAGAGGUUUUCUACAACAGUGAUAACAAUAAUAACAACUAUAAUCACAACUAUAGUCACAACUACAGUGGCUGGAGCCUCUGCAGUGAAAGGUGGUGUAUCAUCAGGGUGUUCCUAUGUUACAUCUGGGUUGAUAUCAGGUGGGUCAGCUAUAGGGACUGGGUUCUCCGAGGGAAGCUCCUCCAUUCAAAAUGGACUGUCUAUAGGAAAGGAGACCCUUGUGUCUGGACUCUCUACAGUUACAUCCUCACUCUAUAGAGUAGUAACAUGGAUUGUGACAAUAUUUACAACAGUUGUGUCUACUAUCUCAUGGAUGGGGGCGAGUGGGGCGGCAGUGUUGACUUCAUCAGCAGAAACAGCAAAAUCAUCUGUGUCAUCUGCUGCAGCAUCAAGUUCAUCCAAAAUGGCGUCCUCAGCCAGGAGUGUGCGCAAAGCUGGAGCUUCAGCCAUGAAGUCCGCUGGAGCUACAGUAAUGUCAGCCGGGGCAGUGGCAGGUGAGGGGAGCAGCAAUGUCUUCUAUGCUGCAGCAGGAUCUCUGUAUAAAAUCGUUACCAGUGUUUUGCUGCUAGACAUGUGGACGGCAUCAAGAUCAAGAGAGACAAAAAGGCGUAGGAGCCUCUCAUGCAUACUGCUGUUGCUUUUCCUUGUCCCACUUAUUAUCGCAGGUCUAUUAGCAUUAUAUCAAAAUGGUGGUGGCAUCUUUACACCUGUAGCCUUGUUUGAAGAUUCUGCUGUAGAAGUGGCUACAUCUGAGGAAAGUUCUAUCUCUACUGAAGACAGUGUGGCCAGUCAGACAGGUGGUGGUCUGUGGGGAUGGCUGGGGUUCUCCUCGGGACAGUCCAAUAACCAAGACAGUAGCAGCUAUUUCUAUGGUGAUUCGAGUUCAGACUCCAGUUCAGGAAGUAUGCAUAUAGAUGAAUCCACACUGACAUCCAAGAUUCAACAAAUCCUUUUAAAUGUGAACCAGUACAAUACUCAGCAGAUAAAUAAGACAGACAUAGAGAUUAUGAUGAGGGCAAUGAUCAAGGAGGAAUUGGGGGCUUUUGCAGCAGUAAAUGAGGCAAAGAUCGCAGAAAAAGAUGACUUGCAGGCCAAGCUGUGGGCAGACCAGAAAGCUAAACUCCUGGCAAUCAAUGAAGAAAUGUUAGCAAUUACAGCAAAAUCAGAGGCUUUGAAAUUAGAGUUGGAGUCAACCAAAAGCUCAUUAAAAAGUCAAGGGUCUGACUCAGCAGAGGCCAGAUCAAAACUAGAAGCAGACAUGGCUGGUUUAGAGGCACAGCUGGCUGUUCUUAAGACUGACCUAGAUGGUCUUCAAGAGAACCAGAGACUAUUCAUGCUGCAAAUGAAGGAGAACUGCUGUAAAAACGAUACAUACCUCGCUGCUCUUGUGCAUGCUGAAUUGGCUGGAUAUAUGGCCAAGCUGAUGUCAGACAACGGUGUACAGUCAGUGGAAGAUGAGGGGGCAGGAAACACUGGGGCAGCCUUCGUAGCCUGGUUGAGGGACAGAUAUGUGAGCAAGGAAGAACUGGACAACAAACUGACCCUGGCUGUGGGCAGGAUAAUGGAGCAGAUCAAAGAGAAGGACAGUGAAGUGGUGAAGACAGAGGGGACUGGCGGGUGGUUUUCUUCAGGAUUAGCAGAGGAGGAUAUCAAGCGUAUUAUUUUGACCCAGCUGACAGUGUUCACAGCAGACAAGACUGGAAUGCCAGACUUUGCUCUGGAGUCUGCAGGUGGAAGUGUCCUUAGUACCAGAUGCUCAGAAACCUUCCACAGGAGAACUGCACAGCUCAGUCUGUUUGGUUUACCUCUGUGGUACUCAUCCAACUCUCCAAGAACAGUUAUACAGCCUGAUGUGAAUCCAGGCCAAUGUUGGGCAUUUAAGGGAGCUCAGGGCUUUAUAGUCAUCGAGUUGGCUAACACCAUACGUCCCAGUGCCUUCUCAUUGGAACACAUCCCCAAGGCUCUGUCCCCCACCGGUGUCAUAGAUAGUGCUCCCAAAGACUUCUCAGUCUGGGGUCUGGAACAUGAGAAAGACAUCAAAGGCAAACUAUUGGGGAACUACACAUACAACCAAGAUGGAGCUCCUCUCCAGACAUACCUGGUGGCUAAUCCAGAUCCCGGCUCCUAUAGAAUUGUUGAAUUAAGGAUCCACAAUAACCAUGGCAACAAAGAAUACACGUGUUUGUACAGAUUCAGAGUACACGGAACAAUUGCAGAUAAAUGAUUAAAAAAACAGUUUAAGUAUCACAUACAAGCCCUUAUAAGUUAACAGAAGUAGCACUAAUUAUAAAUCUAUAAACUAAUUUUCCCAUUACCAAAUAUUCUAGGUUGCCAAUGUGCUUUCUACCUCCAAAGACUAGACACUGCCAUAUAAUGGUUUCAAUAUUAUGUUACUUGUACAGUAGAAUACUCUUACCUUCUGUUUAUUGCCAUGUAAAAAUAGUUAAAUAUUUAAAAUUGUAAUAUAUGGCCAUUAAAGAUAACAAAAAAUAAGUGUGGCAUAAUAUAUAAACUAUAUACACAUAGAAUUAUUUAAGGAAAAGGUGACUUGUAAAUAUAGAUUCACAUAUUUUCUAACUUAAUGUUAUGUAAAAAUAAUCUUAACCUAAUGUUUAUAUAACCAUGUUUGUUUGUGCAAUACUAUGCUUUAAAGUUUCUUCUUUGUUGUACUAUUGUAUUUUAUGAAAUUAUACUAUUAAAUUUUACAAGCAAU